CUUUUCAAUAACACGCAACAAUAAUGAGCUCUGAUAAACUCUGGACUUUUAUGAAAUCGACCCAAUAAUCUCCUUCCCUCCCGAAAAAAACCCAAUUCUUAAUUUCAAUCAGAAGAAACAUAUAUUAUAAUAUUUGUAUGUAUUGACUGGUGAAUGAAGCAAAGGCAAUGGAAGAACUUCUCUCACCGGACGAAUUUGUUAAAGAUGGAUCAGUGGAUCUCCAUGGCCACUCUGUUAUCAGAGCUCGUACUGGAACAUUGAAGGCAUCCCCUUUUAUAAUUGGGGUGGAGAUUGCAGAGAGGUUUGCUCAUGCUGGUAUACAGUCAAAUUUGAUAACUUAUCUCACAAAUGUUUUGCAUGAAAGCACUGCCAGUGCUGCAAGCAAUGUGAACAUAUGGUCAGGGGUGCAAUCCAUGUUGCCCUUUUUGGGAGCUUUUGUUGCAGAUUCAUAUUUGGGUCGUUACUGGACAAUCAUUGUUUGUUCACUCGUCUAUUUGCUUGGGCUAAUCUUGGUGACUCUAUCGGCCUCUCUCAGGAGUCUCAAAUCGCAUUUCAAGAUUGGGUUGUUUUACUUUUCACUUUACUUGGUUGCUUUGGGACAAGGGGGUCACAAGCCAUGCCUACAGGCCUUUGGUGCGGACCAGUUUGAUGAUGAGAACCCAAAAGAGAAGAAGCACAAAAGUUCAUUCUUUAACUGGUGGUAUUUUGUUACUUGCUUGGGAACCCUUUCAGGAUUCACUGUGCUCACGUACAUCCAAGAUAAUAUCGGAUGGGGUGUGGGAUUUGGCAUUCCUGCCGUUACCAUGACAAUGGCACUUCUUCUGUUCUUGUGUGGGACUAGGUUUUACAGAAACAAACCGCCUAGUGGAAGCCCUCUCACUCGAAUCAUCCAUGUGUUUGUUGCAUCAUUCUUCAAGCGGAAUGCCUCUAUUCCUUUCCGAGAACAAAAUCAGUUAGCUUCAAUUCAAGAAGUAGAGGUUCUGAAGACAGAGUCAAGAAGACAACUAUUGCAAACAGACAAGUUCGGGUUUCUUGACAAAGCAACAAUUGAAGAUGAAUUAGACUUUGAAUGCAAAACUACACGCAAUUGGAGACUUUGUACAGUUCAACAGGUUGAAGAGGUAAAACUUAUUCUAGGAAUGUUACCUAUAUGGAUGACAUGUUUGAUGUAUGGCGUUGUCUUUGCACAGUCCUCAACGUUUUUCACAAAGCAGGGCAGCACAAUGGAUAGGAAAAUUGGUCGACAUUUUGUGAUACCUUCUGCAAGUAUGCAGCUUUUUACUAGCAUAUCUAUUAUGGUAUUGGUCCCUGUCUAUGAUCGCAUCUUUGUUCCCAUUGCAAAAAGAUUAUCAGGGAAUGAGAGAGGUAUAACAUUGCUCCAAAGGAUAGGCGCUGGAAUGUUUUUUUCUGCACUUUCAAUGAUUGUUGCUGCAGGGAUAGAAACUCAAAGGGUCAAGGUAGCAAAGGAUAAUGGAUUGAUAGACAAACCCUCUGCAACAGUCCCGAUGAGCGUUUUUUGGCUACUUCCACAAUAUGUACUUUUUGGCAUGGCUGAUGUGUUUACAGUGGUAGGAAUGCAAGAAUACUUUUAUGAUCAAAUGCCAGACACAAUGAAAAGCUUGGGUAUUGCUGUCUCUAUGAGUGUUAUAGGAGUUGGUAGUUUCCUCAGUAGUUUCCUAAUUUUGGUCGUUGAGAAGAUUACUUGCACAAACGAGGAGCAAUGCUGGUUUGCAAACAACUUGAACAAAGCUCAUUUAGAUUAUUUUUAUUGGCUUCUAGCUUCUUUGAGUCUACUCAACCUGGGCAUCUUCAUGACCUUAGCCAGCUGCUACAAGUACAAAAAGGCUGCAGCUACUGCCAGAGAACAUUCUACCUAAAAACUAACUUUAUGUUAUAUGUAUGUGAGUGCCACUUGUACUUCUUAUCUGUUUACUGUUGUAUUUUGUUGUGAGAAUGUAGAUAUAUAGCCUAAUAGGUGCUUUCCACAUUGAUGAAUUGGGUUGUAAAUCCAACAAAUACAUACUUUGUAAGGAGCGUGGAGGAAUCAAACUCUCACAUUCUACUAGAGCCCGGAUGAAAAGCUGAAGAUUCUAUUGUUGAUAGUUACCAUAAAUUCCUUCUAAAAAAUGUAUCUGUACCUUGCUUCCUCUGUAUCAUUCGUGCUUAAAGAAUUGGAAAAUGUUCAACAUGAUAUUGCAAAUCUUUUGUUUUCA